AUGCAGUUCCGCUUUAGGGCUUCAGAAGAAAGAGGAGGUGAUGAUCAUGGUUGGUUAAAGACCUUCCACACCUUUUCCUUUGCGGAUUAUUACGAUCGAGAUUUCGUUCAGUAUGGACCGUUGAGGGUCAUCAAUGAGGAUAGGGUAUUUCCCGGUCAAGGCUUCCCCUUCCAUCGUCAUCAAGAAGCCGAAAUCUUUUCCUAUAUCCUCUCUGGCGAAUUAUCUCACAAAGAUACCAUGGGAAAUGUCGAAACUAUGAAAAGAGGAGACGUUCAAAUGACUUCUGGUGGUACUGGAAUCGCUCAUUCGGAAUACAACGAUCAUCCAAACAAAGAAGUUCAUUUCUUACAAAUCUGGGCUCGUCCAUCUCAACGUGCAUUAAAACCUCAAUAUUACACACGUCACUUUACCGACGCCGAUAAGAAAGAUAAAUUCGCACAUAUCGUCGCUCCGGUAGGAUACGAAACUGUUAAAGAUGUCAGAGAAGCCGAUGGUCCAACUCCUGUACAUGCUCCAUUACACUUUUUCACUUCUUUAUUAUCACCGAAAGCCGAUCCUGUGACACAUACUGUAUUACCCAGGUUCAACCCUGUCGAAGGGUCAACGGAUAAACUGGUGUAUCUUCAAGUGGUACAGUCAUCGGGAUAUUCGAUCGAAGCUUCGAAGAAAGAUGGAAGUGGAGCUUUGAUAAAAGUUAUCGGUAAUAAUGGACAGGAGACGAUUUUAGGUGAAGGGGAUGGUGUGUUUGUGGAUGGAGCAGUGGAAGGUGAUGUGGUGAAGGUUGAGAACAUCGGGGAGAAAGUGGCAGAAGUCAUCUUGUUCGACAUGGACGCUUAG